GAAUAAGAUGGCGGCAGCGAUCGCAUUGAGGAGCUGUUACAGGGCUGCGGGGCACCUGAAGCAUUUGGGUGGCUCUUCUUGGAAACAGGAAGCAGAAUACUGGGCUAGAUGGAUCUUGAUGUGAUCCUGGGCUCACUCCUUUGUAGGUCACAUAUGCUCCGUGUUCGCCAUGUUAGAUUGUAUAGUAGCAUUCGUUUGCUAAAGGCAAAAUACAUUUGUGGGUUUGACAAGUCUGUGUGGAGGUAUCGACAUCAACACCGAUUGUUUAGAACAACUGUUGUUUCAAAUGGCCAAAUUGUCCAGUUCAAGCUCUCUGAUAUUGGAGAAGGAAUCACAGAGGUGACUGUAAAGGAAUGGUAUGUAAAAGAAGGCGAUGUUGUGUCGCAGUUUGACAGCAUCUGUGAAGUACAAAGCGAUAAAGCCUCCGUCACUAUCACCAGCCGCUAUGAUGGCAUCAUUAGAAAACUCCAUUAUGAGUUAGAUGAAAUAGCCCAUGUGGGGAAACCUCUGGUGGAUAUAGAAACAGCUACCUUGAAAGAUGUAGCUCCCGAAGAGGAUGUUGUUGAAACACCUGCUGUGUCGCAUGAAGAACAGACCCACCAAGAGAUUAAGGGCCACAAAACCUUGGCGACUCCAGCUGUUCGACGCCUUGCCAUGGAAAACAAUAUUAAACUGAGCGAAGUCAUUGGAACAGGGAAAGAUGACCGGAUCCUCAAAGAAGACAUUCUCAAUUACCUGGCCAAGCAGACAGGAGCAAUUUUACCUCUUUCGCCAAAGCCUGAAAUAAUCCCGCCUUCACCAAAAUUGCAGCCUGCAGCAAGCACGGCAAAGGAGAAAGCAUUGAGAAUUCCUGCGCCCAUUUCCAAGCCUGUAGUAAUUACAGGGAAAGAUAAAACAGUGCCUUUAUCAGGAUUCCAGAAGGUAAUGGUGAAAACCAUGACUGCUGCUUUGAAAAUUCCUCACUUUGGUUAUUGUGAUGAGGUUGAUCUCACUCAUCUCAUCCAGUUGAGAGGGGAGUUGAAACCUAUAGCACAAGAACGGGGGGUUAACCUCUCCUUCAUGCCCUUCUUUUUAAAGGCUGCUUCUUUAGGCUUAUUACAUUACCCUAUUCUUAAUGCUUCUGUGGAUGACAACUGCGAAAACAUCACAUACAAGGCUUCUCACAACAUUGGUAUUGCUAUGGAUACAGGACAAGGCUUGCUUGUCCCGAAUGUAAAGAACGUUCAGGCCUGUAGCUUGUUUGAGAUUGCAGCAGAGUUAAACCGCCUACAAAACCUGGGGUCUGCUAACCAGCUGGGAACAAAUGACCUCACUGGAGGAACGUUCACACUUUCCAACAUUGGCACAAUUGGUGGUACAUAUGCAAAGCCAGUGAUCCUACCUCCUGAAGUAGCUAUUGGAGCUCUUGGAAAGAUACAGAUCGUUCCUCGAUUUAACAGUAAGGGUGAAGUAUGUAAAGCACAGAUAAUGAAUGUGAGCUGGUCAGCUGAUCACAGAAUCAUCGAUGGCGCAACCAUGUCCCGUUUUUCUAACUUAUGGAAAUCGUACUUGGAGAACCCUGCUUCCAUGCUGCUGGAUCUUAAAUAAAGAAAAGUAAUGGCUGGACAGUUCCUUUUAAAUUUUGAACAGCUAUCAAGCUAGCUAUGCUAGCAAGUGCCCUUAAAAAUGACAUUUUAUAAUUCACAGUUACAUUGUGUGACAGACAGGGCUAUCAGCUCACUGGCCAAUGCAUUGAUUGUCUGUUACAUUCUGCCUAGUUGUGUAAUAAUAUAAAUUAUUUGGCUGAAGGCCAUCAUAGUUCAUAGCAUGAUUCCUUGGGAAGGCGGUGGGAAAUUUGUGGUGAUGAAGCAAUGCUCUAUUCCACUAAAUUGACAUUAGCGGAAGAAGGCUGUUAAAGUUACUUGUGGGAUUUUUGUUUUUAAUUGCUUGUGCUGUUCACAAAAUAAAUUAUGUCAAAGUUUAUUCCUGAUUAGAAACAAGAAUUUCUAUUUGAAAAAAAUAAAGGGAUGCUACUAAGUUCUAAUGUAGCUAAUACACUACAAAUAA